CAAAGAAGCGCAUGAUCGGACUGUCACCGCUUCUGACCGUUGCGCGUUUUGGCUGAAUUUUCUCUAAAUUUUUCGUUUGUUGUGACAUGACCAUCGACGUGUUGUUUCCGAAUCGUCUGGUGCGACAUAUUCUUUAAGUGAACGAGAUCUUUCUGUACGUAUGUUGUAGCGUUAACCGCGUCUAGGACCUUUAGCGUGGUUCGUUCAGCCUUGAAGACUCCGGCAAGAUGGACUCCCCGAACGGCGAAAUCUCCCCGGAGUUAACCAUGGAGGAGGCAGAGGACCUCAGCCUGGAGUUCUUCGACGAAGUACACCAGGGCCACAUCCUCAACUCGCUGAACAUGAUGCGCAAAAACCGGCAUUUCUGUGACGUCAUUCUCCACGUCGGCAGCAACGAGAUCCACGCACACAGGGCCGUACUCGCCAGCGCAUCGCCGUAUCUAUUCGAGCUUUUCUCCAGCGAUGAAGAUCAGAAAAGUUCAGAAAAUGUGGUUACUUAUAGGUUGAAUGGGGGUUUCGAUAAGACGGCACUGCAGAUUCUGAUUGACUACGCGUAUACUGCGAAGCUAGACGUUGCUUACGGGGACGUGAAAGCUGUAUUUUUGGCAGCUAGCAACCUAAAGAUGGACAGAGUAACAAAAUGUUGUGCCCAGUACCUCACAAAACAUUUAAACGUGGAAAAUUGCGUGGAGAUAAGAUCUCUGCCAGGCAUAUCAAAAAACAAGGAAUUCAUUCAGCAAGUUGACGCUUUUAUCGAAAAAGAGUUCCCGAAAAUCAGCAAAUCCAAUCAGGUCUUGAACCUCUACUGUAUCCGAAUCGAGGUACUCCAUCAAUUCAGAGAGGAGAUGAUCAACGUCAACGAAAGUUCGCUGUGCCGUCUUGUAUUGGAAUGGAUCAAAAGGGAGGUAGAAGGGGAUAACCUAGACAUGCAAAUGUUAUCCGAGAAAACUUUUAUGCUCUAUCUCGCCAUCGAUAAUUCUUUGCAAGACUGUUCCAGUUUGCCCUCAGGCGACGUCAGCGAUACGGAAAUGGUACAAGAUUACAAGAAAAUGUCGCUGAAAGACAAACCGGCCGGUUCGAAAGGGAAACGAAAAGUGUUGGGCCAACCGUCCAAACCGAGAGUGUUGGUGUAUAGCGAUAUAGGCAAAGAAAUAGAGCUGGAGAUGGAACCCGAUUGGAGCCUGAUAGCUACGUGCAGCGUUGGAGAACACAGCUUUUUGGCGUUAGUCACAUUGGGCGGCAAGCUCUCCACGCUAUCUAUACAGUUAAGACUGAAUACACCAUCCACCCCCUCACCUGUACAAACUCCAGAUACUAGCAGGCAUGCUAGCGAAGAAAAACCGGACCUUUAUUGCGCUCUCGCAAACAUGUCUUGUCCAAGGUGUUCUGUAGGGUGUGCGAAUUUCCUUAACACACUUGUUGUUUGCGGUGGUUACGACAGGACAGAGUGUUUGAAGUCUGUAGAACAGUACAUCCCGGAAACAAACGAAUGGAAGAGUCUCCCGCCGAUGCGUGAGGCUAGAGGGCGCUGUAAAAUAGCCGUUAUAAACGAUAAGGUGUACGCUAUUGGUGGCAGCAAUGGGACAACUGAACUAGAUUCAGCUGAAGUGCUAGAUAUGGCUGUCAACAAAUGGGUGAAGAUUCCUAACAUGCCUCUAGCAAGGAGCAACAUGGGCGUAUGCGCUCUGGACGGACUGAUUUACGUGAUCGGUGGCUGGAACGGUCAAGUCGGCAUCAAACAGUGCGACGUUUUCAAUCCAGAGACCGGCACUUGGACGUCCAUUGCUCCUCUCCAUACAGGUCGAUACCAAGCCGGCGUGGCCGCGUACAACAAACUGGUGUACGCAAUAGGCGGUUGCGACGCGUGGAACUGCUUGAACUCCGUCGAGGUGUACGACUCCGCGAAGAACGUCUGGCAACCGAUCAAGCCGAUCAUAUCGGCGCGACGCGGAUGCGGCGUUGCGGUGUUCAACAGAAAGCUGUACGUCGUCGGCGGGUCGGACGGGUCGCACUCGCUGAAUUCCACGGAGAUUUUCGAUGAAGAGAAUCAGACGUGGGUGGUGGGGCCGAGCAUGACCACGCCCAGGGCCAACGUCGACGUGGCGGUGGUCGGCGAUCGGUUGUAUGCUGUCGGGGGAUUCUCAGGCAAAACGUUCCUGAACACGAUAGAAUACCUCGACACCACCACGAACGAAUGGACGACGUUCAUUCCGAAAGGUACGUGUGAUAUUCCUCAAAAAAGACGACCAAGAAACAGGCGGAACUCCAGGCGCAGCAUCUCCGAGAACAAGAAACCCGCCUCUAAUGCAGCAGCUGACGCCAAGCAAAAUGGCAACGAGGCUGUCGACGCUGAGGCCGAAGAUACGCCGUAAAUUAGGAUAUUUUAGAAUACAUCGGACGUUGGGUGAGUUCGUAUUGGAUAUAAUGUCAUAGGACCUGUAUAUUCCCAAUAAAAAAUGUUUAAAGUCAAUUUUCACCAUACACUGAUUUGUUACAUGACACAUUUAUCCAGUUGUCUCCAUUUAUUUUGGAUGCAUAAUUUCACGUACUUUUGCCAGGUUACCAGUUCUUAUAGUAUUGCAUUCUAAUAUAACUCCUCUUUUCUAGGAAGACUAUAUAAAAUCAAAAACUUUGGAUUCUUAAGGAUAAUGAGAUUUGUAUUUGUUGGAGUAGGAAUUUUUGUACGCUCAGCGACUGAGGUAUAAUAUCCCUCAAAAUUCACAACUUUGUUGGUUUUCUAACAGUUACAAACGUAAUUGCAAUAAAUUGUCCAAUAAUCAGUUUUACAUAGUUUGUAUAAGGCUCACUCAGGGCCUCAUGACAUAAUAUCAAAUUUGUUUUAAGAGGAAUGUCAGAUGAUCAGUAUUUAUUGUAGUUCGGACCAUUAGUAUUUAGUAGUAGUGUCAGUGGAUUUUUACGUAACAUUAUAUAUCAAUAACCCUGGCUACACGGUCAAUAAAUGCAACAUUCCAAGAUAAAUACUGACGGGUUACAGUGAAUACUGUACUCAUGACAUUCGUCUAAAUUUGAUAUCAAAUUUGUAUAGGUAAUCUCCACUCAAGACGUCACUUAGUUCAGAUGCUGGAACCUGGAACGUCAUCUUAUAUUUCGAGUGUUUCGUAAUGCCGACGUUCAUUUUGUGUGUGUUUAAAGAUUGUUUGGGCGUUUUCAACAUACUUCGAGUAAUUUAAUAAUUAUCAGUACCUGAAAAAUAUUGAGCUUUGUUGUUUGGCAGCACUUGACAACACAAAAAAAAACGAAGGCAUUUUCAUAGUUCAAACAUUAAAUAUGUAACUAGUCCACAGUUGCUAAUUUUUACCUAAAAACGCUAACAUAACUCUUACCUACAAUAUUAGACGAAAAUACCGCUAGUUUGCGAAAUAAUUGUAAAGUCUGGUUUUAUUGAUGCACACACAAACUUACAAUUAUUUACUAAAAACUGCGAGGUUAUGUUAACUGCAUACGAACCUUGCCACAUCUACUGGUUCCUUAGCCAGCAAUCCAUCACUUGUCAGAUGCCAGUAGUCGUAUACAAAUUUGAUAUCAAAUUUCAUAUGGAGUCAUACAAUCCUUAGGAAAAUGUUUAUCGUUUAGGAGAAUGUUGACAGUAAUUGAUAUAUUUUCUUCGCCACUGUAUAUCAUCUUUUCACUUUUACUGAUGUCAGUAUUUUUUUUGUAGUAGAAAAUCUUGUAGGUAAAUCAGUAGUGCGUAUAUGUUGCAUCGAAAAUGCUGCCGGUUAGUUUUUUUGAUGCAUAUACACGCUAUUGAUCUGAAUAUAUGUCAUUAUCCUAAAUAUAGCUGCCAUCUAAGUGUAAAUCAUCACUUUCAUCCCCAGGGAACAGCAUUAUGAAUUUUGAGAAUUCAUAGACGUACUAGUGCAUUUGAAAUAGUGAUAUUUUUUAUUCAAUAUAUCAUAUACAAAAUUCUAGAUAAAUAUCAAAUCAUAUUAGUGGAUACCUAGUUGAACUUUAGACUGUUUUCCACGACUGAUAAAACUAGAUCAUCUUUGAAUGAGCUUUUCUCAACUAAGACUAGUUUUUAUAUGAUUUACCUUUCGGGAAAUAUAUCCAUUCCAGUAUAGAGGCUGAAUGUUUUUUAUCUAUAUCAAACUAUAUAACUGAAUUCAAAAAAAUACAUAAUGCUCUACGUACAAGGUGUCAAAGUUCGUAUAUUAUGCUUGAGGAGCAAAAAUUAUUAAAAUUAUGGCAAAUGAUUUUCGAUAGCUUAAUUCAAACUACUGAAUUAGGCCCACCUUGUACAAGUAUGUAGGAAAAAGACAUCAACUUUCAGAGUUACAGUGUAUAUAUAAUUUGCUUAUGCAGCUAAAAAAAAACACUACAGAAUAUUUUAUAUGGGAAAUAUAUUUUUAACAUACUAUUUUAAAUACUCUUUUCCACCUGCAGUGAUAAAUUUUCGAUUCGAAAAUCGGUAAAACGUAAUCUUAAAAAAUGUAAGAAAUAAAUUGUUGUAUAACUGUAAUGGCUUCAAGUAUUUAGCAUUAAAUUUUAGGAAAUAUCAUGACAGAAAAAAUGUAUUAUUGUACAAAAUAAUAAAGAUAAAUGAUUGUCAAGAGUUUUUUUGUGCAGACAACUGGUUUUUCCUUAGGUUAAUGCAUACAAAAUCUGAUGUUUAUCAAAAGAAUUAACCAUGACGUUUAUCCAAAUUACGUAAUACAUAUUAUUAUAUUAUUUUUCCGAAAAACUAUUUAGAAACCAGUUGUUUGAAUUGUGGCAUAGGAAAGCGUUAAAAAAGAUGUGGUUUAUAGUAUAAGGUUACAAGUCUAUGAAUUAUAGUAAUAAUGAUCUAUUUGCCUUGUGUCCUAAAAGUUAAGCGUUAUUAUAUAAAAUUAUUAAUAAUAAAUAUUUUACAGAA